AUGUCGACGAAGAUGCCCUACUGCACAAACCGCUGUUGGUUCUCGGGGUCUCCAUGGCUUGUGAGGGAAAGACUCCCCGAGCGGGCGCUGGCGCCCGGUGGCAUCGCCUCGCUGCUGCACCGUCUCCGCGGCGUGGCCCAGACAGGGGAGGGGGCCCCGACCGGGGCGGCCGGCCGGCACGGCCGCCGGCGCGUGCUGUCCUCCGGGGGCUGCAUGGGCCCAGCCAUCGGCUGCGUCGGACACACCGUUCUGCAGUCUUCCGGCCUGGGAGACUCGCUGCACCCGUCGCAGAAGCAGGCCAGGGCCGCCUCGACGCCGCUGCGGCGGCGGCUCCUGGCCCUUGCGGAGAGUCAGUACGCGAAGCCCGUCUGGCACGAGGUGUACGGGGCCUGA